CUGUAAAAAGGAGCAGCAGGGGCCAACUCCAUCUGAGGAUCUUCUCUGCAGCCCACGGUUUUACAGCUUUGAAAUGCCAGGAAGUCCAGGACGUCACGGCCACUGCCAUGGUGGCCGCAAGGACCACAGCCCCGGUCGGAAGAAGAAGCAUGGAUGCAAGGGGGGCAAGGGCAAGCCCAAGCACAAGAAAGGCAGGCACAGUACGGGCCACCAGCACCAAAAGUGUCACAAGAAGGGGAAGCGCUGUCGUGGGUCUGACAGCAGCUCCUGCAGCUCCUCCUCCUCCUCCUCCUCCUCCUCCUCCAGCAGUGAUGAGUGAAGUAAAAAAACGAAAGCCACUGAGAUGAAAUCAUACAUUGAUAAUCACAUUUUGGUUUUUUGAAUUUUUUUUGUUUGUUUGUUGACUGUUUUUGUUUUGUUUUGUUUGGUU